GGGUGCUGAACCAAAGCAAUUGGCAUUUUCCGCUGCUCUUGGAACGACGUUGGGAUUGUUCCCAAUAUGUGGGGUCACUGUGUUUCUUUGUGGAUUGGCAAUUGCAGUACUUAGAAGUUGUUGUCAUGCUCCAACAGUAAUGCUUGCUAACUUUAUUGCUACUCCGAUUGAGUUGAGUUGUUAGGCUGGAUUGUUGCGGCUCCUUUCAUCCUUGGUGCCCUUUAUGUGAUCUUCAUACCAUGUUUCAGUUAUUUGGUCCGAAGGUUCAGUCCUGUACCAUCAAGUCCAACAACUCUGCUCCAUUCCCUUUCUGAGGUCAAGAUCAAGCAUUAACAUCACGACUUCAGACCGACUUUAUUUAUUUGCUGGUGUCUCAUUAAGCUCUGGCAAACAGUCUUAUCAUGCAAAUGCCCUUGUGGACAAAAACACCUUGAUCUAUUCACCUUUUUUUUUAUGUGUGUUUGUGUUUUGGUCUCGGUGGAUGGGGUUCACUUGAUGUGCCCUCAAGCUUAAUUUAAAGAUAGUGGAACGUGCAAUUUAAAGGAUGUUGUGUGUGUGAUGGAUGGAUAUCACAUGAUUAUCCUCUCGAGCUUAAUUUAAACAUAGGGGAAGGUAUGUGAAGGAUAUUAAGGUUAAUACAAUCCUUAAACCUCAUCAAGGUAUCUAAGGUUCUUUGAUAAAGUCAAAUUUCAAAAGGCUUGUUUCGGAUGAGAGUGAUGGGAGAAGGAAAUUGGGAAAGCAUUGACCUGAGCUAUAGUUUUAUUCCAGUGAUGUGUGUAGUUUCUUCCAAGGAAUAGCUGAUGUUGUAAUCAUCAAUUUAAUUAAGAUGUAUUUCAUACUUAUCCUUGCAUGUUUGUGUUAUAAUAAUCGGAAGAGCCAUCAACUUCUGAUAGAAGGCAUUGGUCCCUCUGAUUUUUAGAGUGGAGAUUAGGUAAAUAGUUAAGAUGACUACCUGAAACUGUGACUGCAUGAUUAGGAUAGAAAUGGUCUCUGUGCCUACAAUUUUUGAUUCCUAUACUGCAAAGCAUAUGUAAAUUUGAGAUGUAAUCAUGAGUUUGGGGUAUAAACUAUGUUCAUUCUAGAUACAUACAGGAUUAAGCAAUAGAAACGGUUAUUUAUAUCAUGUAGGACUAUUAUCCAACACAAGCAGGGCAUGUUAUUUAAGAAAGAGAGAAGAAACUGUUUAGAUGGUAGAGGUAGUGCUAUACUUUAUUAAUUUUUUGGAUUUUGAUUUAAGGAAAAUCGUAAAGCUGAGAUAACUCACUCAGAACAUCUUUUAAAGAUUUGUAUGGUAUUAUUAGGUCAGAGGCCAAUCCAACCACUUGCUCCUUUCCAACUUAGUCUCGGUCGUACCAUAAUGUGUCCAAACUUUAAUAUUUUUUUACUCUAAGACCAGGUCCUAUAGCGCUCGUGUUAAAUAGAUGACAGAAUUGUAAACAAUUAUUGAAUGAUUUUAAGCUGAGGAACAUAGAGGUCUCUCCCACCAUCUUUUUAUGUACCUCUUUCACAUUGUUGAAAUCACUUGCCACUAAUCGGGGGCCUUAUACAACUUGACUGAUUCUCAUGAGCUUCCACCACAAUUUCUUCCUGAUAGCUGCACUAUUAGAUCCAUACACUACAAAAAGAUUUACAUCUAUCUUAAUUGUUGGCAAAAAAAACAAGUUAACAUCUCUUUGGAUUCUAGGACUUUAGAUAUAUUCUAAAUAUGGGGACUCCAAAGCAGCCAAACUCUACCUCUCGGGCUGCUGCUAUAAUCCUUUAGAAUUUCUUAGCAACCCUAUAACACUUGUUUUCUUUUAACUUUUGAUUCAACAAAACCCACCAAGUCUACUUUCUAAGAUCUGAUAUGGGCACGACCCUUGCUAGUUUGUUAUUUAUAAAGAGGAAAAUAAAACUAUAAAUUUACAAAAACAAACAGUUACAACAAAAAGUCUUCAAAAGAUGGAUUUGCUUACGUAGACGGUAGACCCCACUACUCAGAAAAACAAGUUCAUCACCAGAAAAUGGGCUUAAAUUGAUGCUUAAGAUACGAAAAUCUUGUGGCAUCCUUAAUAUUGAUAAACCUUAAAAUAAUUAAUGAUAUGCUGACAUCUAACCUGUCUGUCUUGCAUAACUUGAAGGGGACAGUCUUCAAAGUCAUUAUUUAUCCUUUCUCAACUCUCAAGCAAAGAGGUUAGCUAUCCUAACUACCUUUCGUUUUUGCAUAAAAUUGGGAACCUAGCAUUAGAGCUGCCCUGGAAAAUUAAGCAUGACACCAAUACAAAUGAAACCUCCAUCACUUAUUGGUGCACAGAUUGACUUUUUUCAUUCCUCUCAUUUUCUCAUCUAAUGUCAUAUCAUUUUCAACCAUACAUGCUUAUCUUACAAACAUAUGGUUAACCGAUGCAUUACGAAAGAUGAAAACAAUGGAGAUACAAAAGAUCAUUAAUGAAUAUGAUUAUCAUAAAAGAAAUUAAGUAAUCGAUGUAUUUGCCAUUUUGGCUAGAUAUUUUGUGCAACUCUCUCUUUUUUGGACAAUACACUGUUAGCAACUAUUCUUAUGUUAUAGUCUUUUUUUUGUAAUUUUUAAUUUAACCACAAUAAAAGGCAAUUAGCAUAAAAAAUGUCUAGAUGUAGACAAAACUUACGAAAUAAAAUUCACAUAAAGCAUCUAGAAAAAUAUUUUGUUGUCCUAUUCCCUAGGAGAUAAUUAAAAGAAGUUGGUAUUUUGACCUAAAAUAUAGUCAAUAAUAUUAACUACCAUUUUGACAGCUGCUAACAUGUGACAUGGUCAAGUGUGCUGAAAACAUAGAGUGCUGAAUCAAUAGAUGAGCAAUUUGAUUGAAGGAAGUAGUUUGAGGUGCUGACUAAUAGACAUUAAAAAUCCUUUUACCCCACCUAAUGCUGGUUUGACAAGUUCGUGGGCAUGAAGCAUGCUCUCCAUGACACGCCAGUAGAGUAUUUUUGUUCAACUGGGGAGGAGUCUAAAAAAGGUUGCUAUCCCAGAAAAGGUCAAGGACUCUACACUGGUGAAGUGUUAGCUAAGUAAGGUUAGCAAGUAAAUCAAGAUUGUACUCUAUGUGGCUUAAGGAAGGAAUCUAUUUCUCAUUAAUGUACCAAAUGCCUCUUUGCCUGUAGUUUGUGGAAUGCCAUCAAAAUUCAAUUAAGACUGAUAGGGUGGCCUUCAAACACGCAUGAUCUUUGGACUGGUUGGAGGAGAACAAAAUUCCAAGCUUCUAUGAGGAAAGUGGGAGACCAACUUUGUGCGGCUCCAUGUUAGAAAAUCUACAAGAAAAAAAAAAGAAGCAAGAAUCUUCACUAAGAAGGCCUCCUUCAUUUACGCAACUCUUCAAAAAGCAUUGCAUGCAUGCAUUCCAAAAUUGGCAGCACUUAUGUUCUAAGAAAAAAAUAGAGGCUAUAGAACAACCUUGUAAUGCACAAUCCAACAGCAUGUUAAAGUUUGAUAGCAUCAUCUAAUACUCUGCUGGCUUCUUUUCUUUGUAUGUAACCAUUUCUGUAUAUAACUUCUUCUAUUAAUAAAUUGGAGGAAGCUUCUUGUUUCCUCCCCUUUCUUUUCAACCAAAAAAAAAAAUCAUCUUUAGAAGCACCCAGCACUAUAAUUUCUUAGCGAGUUGAUGGUCCCGGGUGUCAUCCAUGUCUAUGCUACCUUCCCUGACAAGAACCCAUUCUCAAUUAUUAUUUGCUUGCAAUAAUUCUUUCUUAAAAAAGUAUAUCUAGAAAGAUUCUAAAGUCAGCCUGUUAAAGGAAUUUGCUCUUUAUUACUUGCCAAUGACCACCGGGGCCACGUGGCAAUGAUACGGCUUUUGAAAUAUAAAAAUAACUCCAGUAGGUGGAAAAUUCGUAACUCGCUAUUCUCUUGAGUGUGAUUCGUGGGUCAUCUUUAUUCACCUUUCUUUGCAUGUUGGAUUGCUUUGAAUCUAUGCUAGUGGGUAUACAAUCCAAAUCCGUAACAUAAAUUUUAUAUUCAUUUUUCUUGUUAAUCAUCAAAUGAAUUCUCCAAUAAGAUCUAGACGUCUAGAUUUAGAUCUUCAGCCGUGUCAACGCAUGAGUCGGUCUUGUACUCGUGUCCACAUAACCAAGUUGGUAGGUACUUGCUACGACGCUGACUGCUCAUUAAUAAGAUGAUGCGACCGGGAAAAGAGACAACCGGUCUAGGGUUUUGGAUUUGGGCAUCUUGAGAAAGUCCGAGCUUCCAAGCAAAGCAAUUACGGUACUUCUUUCUCUAGAUUCCUCUCCAUCUUUGAUCUUUCUCAAAAACGCUGACUUCAGUUUGAUUAUUGCCUCUUCCCUCCGAAUUACUGCAAUUAGGGUUUUUAUGCUUUUAAAAAGUGGCAGUUUGGGUUUAUAUUGGAUUCUGAAUCUGGUUUUCUUUUGUAUCAUGUAAUUUCCGACACCCCAAACCAAAUCUUGUAUAAGAUCGAAUCUAAGGGGUGAUUCAUGACCCGAAAGCUCAAGUUUUUUGAGCUUCUGGUGGUCAUCCAAAUCCUUUGUGCAGCUGAGAACUUUGAUGAAUUCACGGCGGCCGAGGUCCGUGGGGCCUGCUGCAUCUCAUUGCAAAUCCAUGGAAGUAGAGAUAGUAGAGAAGUCAUCAACAGCAAGAGAUUCUUCUAUUGACAACACGGUAUACUGCUGCGUCGCCAAAGGGAGCAGAAUUCUCUACUCUUACAACAGCAAAGACCGUGAGCUCGAAGCCCUGGCCGCCCUUUGCCUUGAGAAUGCCCCGCCCUUCCACAGAUGGUACUUCCACAGUGUUGGGUCAAGAACUUUUGGUUACUUGAUGGAAGGUGGAUGCACCUAUUUCGCCAUCGUCGAUCCUAGCUUGGGGAAUUUGGAGAUCCUUCGAUUCCUAAGGCACAUUCGGGACGGGUUCAAGAGAGUCUCAAGGAAUGGUUUCCAUGAUGAGUUGGUGCCCAUCAUCCGGCAGUUGAUCACCUCAUUGGAAAGAAUGCCUCGACCAACAAAUUCCAUUGAUGCGAGUUUAGAGGGGGGCGAGUCGGUUGAUGGUACCUCCAUGUCUGGAAAGACCCCUUUACUUGGAAAUAGCAAGCGUGAUAGGAGGAAGAUGAAGGAUAAAGUAGUCGAGAAUGAUGAAGUUUGUGAAGACCAUAGAGAUGAAGGGGUAAAGAUCCAUAUGCCACCAGAACCAGCAGGCAAUAUGUCGUUGCAGAAGAGCUCGAGUUUGAUGAGGUCUCCGGCACAGCAAAUUGGACAGAGGUUGUGGUGGCGACAUGUGAAAGUAGUUGUUGCUGCCGACAUUAUCGUUUGCCUGGUUUUGUUUGGUGUUUGGUUGGCUGUCUGCAAGGGUUUCCAGUGUAUUUCGAGUAGAUAGUUUAAAUUGGUUGGAUUUCGAGAGCAAAGAUAAUGCUAGAAUUGAAAGCAUGAAACACUUCAUCAGAUGUAAUUCUGAAACGUUUAUUUACUUAAAAAGAGAUGGACACAACAAAAUUAGAAGGAAAAGAAACAGCUGGUAUUUCUUGUUGCAAAUUUUAGAAAGAAUGGAUGAAGAGAUUUACUUAGCAGUGUCAAAAUUAUUGGGAUUUUUAUAGUGUAGUUUAGUUUUAUAUGUUGUAUCUUUUUCCUCUUUUUUAUGGGAGGUGUUACAUCUGCGGUAAUGAAUGUUUAUACAUAUUUUUUUCAUGC